CAUCCAGCCCAGUAUCUGCUAAAUUCUUUAAAAUAUCUGUCGAAUGCAUGUCGUGAACGCCGUGCUCAUGGGCAAGCCCCAGAUGAAGCCUGUGCAAAUGCUUCUUGCUUUAACUCCCUUGUAGCAAUCAGAGGAACAUCCUCUGCCCAGGAUUCCCAGGCUCCCUGAACCUCACGCGACAGCUGGAGCCCAAGCUGCGUCCGCUCUGAGGUUCAUCCGAGCCUGGGCAGUUCGGUCCCUGGAGGGAAUUCGCUUUAGAUACGACUGUCAGAGAGAAGUGUGCUGUGAAGAACACUCGCUCAUGGCCCGCAGGCAUCAGAAGUGGGGGAGGCUGGGGAGGCGCUGCGCCGGUGCCUCAGGCCGUCCUCGGACACAGGCCCUGAGAAGCGUGUCCGUGUUUCAGAGGGUGGCGGCAGCAGCUUUGUCUCAGCGAAGGCCACAGCACUGCGGGCAGCUGCCGCAUAAAACCUCUGCUCCCCCUGACUCUGCACCCGACACUUCACCUGCAACGCAAUCCGAAGGCGAAGGCACCGCAUCCCGUCGGCCCCGCGCGGCCGGAAGCCUCACGACCAAGACUCCCCCGCAUCCUAGCGCGCUGGCUGCAAAAGCGGCGGGAAACGCCUCCGCGUCCCUUUCAACAGUACAGGAGCGGGAGAAGGGCGUGGCUGAGACAGGCCCCGCCCACGCGCGCGCGGCCCCUCGGCAACCGGCACAACACAACAAAAUGGCCGCCUCGCCGCUGGGCGCCUGAGGAAAGAGCCCGAACUUCUCCUGCUCCACCUCAGCCUGCGGGACUGCUCGGCUCGGCUCCUAGGCGAGACGGGCUCCCUGUGUUGCCCAGGCUGCAGUGCAGUGGCCAGUCACAAGGCUGAUCAUAGCACAUUGUAACCUGGAGCUCCUGGGAUCAAGCGAUCCUCCUGCCUUAUCCUCUGGAGUAACUGGGACUGCAAGUAUACACACCGUGCCUGACGAAAUAUCACAAUAUUUGGUGCAUGGUUUUGAUGAACACCUGGCUUUAUUCUUGCAAUGAAGAAAGGUUCUCAACAAAAAAUAUUCUCCAAAGCAAAGAUACCAUCGUCAUCUCACUCUCCUAUCCCAUCAUCUAUGUCCAGUAUGAGAUCUAGGUCACUUUCACCUUUGAUUGGAUCAGAGACUCUACCUUUUCAUUCUGGAGGACAGUGGUGUGAGCAAGUUGAGAUUGCAGAUGAAAACAAUAUGCUUUUGGACUAUCAAGACCAUAAAGGAGCUGAUUCACAUCCAGGAGUUAGAUAUAUUACAGAAGCCCUCAUUAAAAAACUUACUAAACAGGAUAAUUUGGCCUUGAUAAAAUCACUGAACCUUUCACUUUCUAAAGAUGGUGGCAAGAAAUUUAAGUAUAUCGAGAAUUUGGAAAAAUGUGUUAAACUUGAAGUACUGAAUCUCAGCUAUAAUCUAAUAGGGAAGAUUGAAAAGUUGGACAAGCUGUUAAAAUUACGUGAACUCAACUUAUCAUAUAACAAAAUCAGCAAAAUUGAAGGCAUAGAAAAUAUGUGUAAUCUGCAAAAGCUUAACCUUGCAGGAAAUGAAAUUGAGCGUAUUCCAGUAUGGUUAGGGAAGAAGUUAAAAUCUUUGCGAGUCCUCAAUUUGAAAGGCAACAAGAUAUCAUCGCUCCAAGAUAUAAGCAAGUUGAAACCGCUUCAAGAUUUGAUUUCUCUGAUCCUAGUUGAAAAUCCAGUUGUGACCCUUCCUCAUUACCUCCAGUUUACCAUUUUCCACCUCCGUUCACUGGAAAGUUUGGAAGGUCAGCCAGUAACCACUCAGGAUAGACAGGAGGCUUUUGAGAGAUUCAGUUUAGAAGAGGUAGAAAGACUGGAAAGAGACCUAGAAAAAAAGAUGUUAGAAACUGAAGAACUUAAGAGCAAACAAACAAGGUUCCUUGAGGAAAUUAAAAAUCAAGAUAAAUUGAAUCAAUCAUUAAAAGAGGAGGCCAUGUUACAGAAACGGAGCUGUGAGGAACUCAAGAGUGACUUAAACACAAAAAAUGAAUUGCUAAAACAGAAGACCAUAGAACUAACACGAGCAUGUCAGAAGCAAUAUGAGCUGGAACAGGAAUUGGCAUUUUAUAAAAUUGACGCUAAAUUUGAGCCACUAAAUUAUUAUCCAUCAGAGUGUGCUGAAAUUGAUAAAGCCCCAGAUGAAAGCCCUUACAUUGGCAAAUCCAGAUACAAGAGAAAUAUGUUUGCCACAGAGAGUUAUAUUAUUGACAAUGCUCAGGCAGUACAGAUCAAGAAGAUGGAGCCAGAUGAACAACUUAGAAAUGAUCACAUGAACUUGAGAGGCCACACACCACUGGACACGCAACUGGAAGACAAAGAAAAAAAAAUAAGUGCAGCACAAAUUCGACUAUCAGAACUGCAUGAUGAAAUAGAAAAGGCAGAACAACAAAUUCUGAGAGCUACUGAAGAAUUUAAACAACUGGAAGAAGCUAUACAACUAAAAAAGAUUUCAGAAGCAGGGAAAGACCUUCUUUACAAGCAGUUGAGUGGUAGACUACAACUUGUAAAUAAAUUACGCCAGGAAGCUCUGGAUCUAGAACUGCAGAUGGAAGAGCAAAAGCAGGAAAUUGCCGAAAAGCAGAAGGAGAUUAAGGACCUGCAAAUAGCCAUAGAUAGCCUGGAUUCCAAAGACCCAAAACAUUCCCAUAUGAAGGCUCAAAAGAGGGGUAAAGAACAACAGCUUGACAUUAUGAACAAGCAGUACAAACAACUUGAAAGUCGUUUGGAUGAGAUACUUUCUAGAAUUGCUAAGGAAACGGAAGAGAUUAAGGACCUUGAAGAACAACUUACUGAAGGCCAGAUAGCAGCAAAUGAAGCCCUGAAGAAGGAUUUAGAAGGUGUCAUCAGUGGGUUGCAAGAAUACCUGGGGACCAUUAAAGGCCAGGCAACUCAGGCCCAGAAUGAGUGCAGGAAGCUGCAGGAUGAGAAAGAGACAUUGUUGCAGAGAUUGACAGAAGUCGAGCAGGAGAGAGACCAACUGGAAAUAGUUGCCAUGGAUGCAGAAAAUAUGAGGAAGGAGCUUGCAGAGCUAGAAAGUGCCCUCCAAGAGCAGCAUGAGGUGAAUGCAUCUUUGCAGCAGACCCAGGGAGAUCUCAGUGCCUAUGAAGCUGAGCUAGAGGCUCGGCUAAACCUAAGGGAUGCUGAAGCCAACCAGCUCAAGGAAGAGUUGGAAAAAGUAACAAGACUUACUCAGUUAGAACAAUCAGCCCUUCAAGCAGAACUUGAGAAGGAAAGGCAAGCCCUCAAGAAUGCCCUUGGAAAAGCCCAGUUCUCAGAAGAAAAGGAGCAAGAGAACAGUGAGCUCCAUGCAAAACUUAAACACUUGCAGGAUGACAAUAAUCUGUUAAAAGAGCAACUUAAAGAUUUCCAGAAUCACCUUAACCGUGUGGUUGAUGGUUUGGUUCAUCCAGAAGAAGUGGCAGCUCGUGUGGAUGAGCUAAGAAGAAAACUGAAAUUAGGAGCUGGGGAAAUGAACAUCCAUAGUCCUUCAGAUGUCUUAGGGAAAAGUCUUGCUGAUUUACAGAAACAAUUCAGUGAAAUUCUUGCACGCUCCAAGUGGGAAAGAGAUGAAGCACAAGUUAGAGAGAGAAAACUCCAAGAAGAAAUGGCUCUACAGCAAGAGAAACUGGCAACUGGACAAGAAGAGUUCAGGCAGGCCUGUGAGAGAGCCCUGGAAGCAAGAAUUAAUUUUGAUAAGAGGCAACAUGAAGCAAGAAUCCAGCAAAUGGAGAAUGAAAUUCACUAUUUGCAAGAAAAUCUAAAAAGUAUGGAGGAAAUCCAAGGCCUUACAGAUCUCCAACUUCAGGAAGCUGAUGAAGAGAAGGAGAGAAUUCUGGCCCAACUCCGAGAGUUAGAGAAAAAGAAGAAACUUGAAGAUGCCAAAUCUCAGGAGCAAGUUUUUGGUUUAGAUAAAGAACUGAAGAAACUAAAGAAAGCCGUAGCCACCUCUGAUAAGCUAGCCACAGCUGAGCUCACCAUUGCCAAAGACCAGCUGAAGUCCCUUCAUGGAACUGUUAUGAAAAUUAACCAGGAGCGAGCAGAGGAGUUACAGGAAGCAGAGAGGUUCAGCAGAAAGGCAGCACAAGCAGCCAGAGAUCUGACCCGAGCAGAAGCUGAGAUCGAACUCCUGCAGAAUCUCCUCAGGCGGAAGGAGGAGCAGUUUCGACUUGCGAUGGAGAAAACAGGUGUAGGUACUGGAGCAAACUCACAGGUCCUAGAAAUUGAGAAACUGAAUGAGACAAUGGAACGACAAAGGACAGAGAUUGCAAGGCUGCAGAAUGUACUAGACCUCACCGGAACUGACAACAAAGGAGGCUUUGAAAAUGUUUUAGAAGAAAUUGCUGAACUUCGACGUGAAGUUUCUUAUCAGAAUGAUUACAUCAGCAGCAUGGCAGAUCCUUUCAAAAGACGAGGCUAUUGGUACUUUAUGCCACCACCACCAUCAUCAAAAGUUUCCAGCCAUAGUUCCCAGGCCACCAAGGACUCUGGUGUUGGCCUUAAGUACACAGCCUCAACUCCUGUUAGAAAACCACGCCCUGGGCAGCAGGAUGGGAAGGAAGGCAGUCAACCUCCCCCUGCCUCAGGAUACUGGGUUUAUUCUCCCAUCAGGAGUGGGUUACAUAAACUGUUUCCAAAUAGAGAUGCAGACAGUGGAGGAGAUAGUCAGGAAGAGAGUGAGCUGGAUGACCAAGAAGAACCCCCAUUUGUGCCUCCUCCUGGAUACAUGAUGUAUACUGUGCUUCCUGAUGGUUCUCCUGUACCCCAGGGCAUGGCCCUGUAUGCACCACCUCCUCCCUUGCCAAACAAUAGCCGACCUCUCACCCCUGGCACUGUUGUUUAUGGCCCACCUCCUGCUGGGGCCCCCAUGGUAUAUGGGCCUCCACCCCCCAACUUCUCCAUCCCCUUCAUCCCUAUGGGUGUGCUGCAUUGCAACGUCCCUGAACACCACAACUUAGAGAAUGAAGUUUCUAGAUUAGAAGACAUAAUGCAGCAUUUAAAAUCAAAGAAGCGGGAAGAACGGUGGAUGAGAGCAUCCAAGCGGCAGUCCGAGAAAGAAAUGGAAGAACUGCAUCAUAAUAUUGAUGAUCUUUUGCAAGAGAAGAAAAGCUUAGAGCGUGAAGUAGAAGAAUUACAUAGAACUGUCCAGAAACGUCAACAGCAAAAGGACUUCAUUGAUGGAAAUUUUGAGAGUCUUAUGACUGAACUAGAAAUAGAAAAAUCACUCAAACAUCAUGAAGAUAUUGUAGAUGAAAUUGAGUGCAUUGAGAAGACUCUUCUGAAACGUCGCUCAGAGCUCAGGGAAGCUGACCGCCUCCUGGCAGAGGCUGAGAGUGAACUUUCAUGCACUAAAGAAAAGACAAAAAAUGCUGUUGAAAAGUUCACUGAUGCCAAGAGAAGUUUAUUGCAAACUGAGUCAGAUGCCGAGGAAUUAGAAAGGAGAGCUCAGGAAACUGCUGUUAACCUUGUCAAAGCUGAUCAGCAGCUAAGAUUGCUGCAGGCUGAUGCAAAGGAUUUGGAGCAGCACAAAAUCAAGCAAGAAGAAAUCUUGAAAGAAAUAAACAAAAUUGUAGCAGCAAAAGACUCAGACUUCCAAUGUUUAAGCAAGAAGAAGGAAAAACUGACAGAAGAGCUUCAGAAACUGCAGAAAGACAUCGAGAUGGCAGAACGCAAUGAGGAUCACCACCUACAGGUCCUUAAAGAAUCUGAGGUGCUCCUUCAGGCCAAAAGAGCCGAGCUGGAAAAGCUGAAAAGCCAGGUGACAAGUCAGCAGCAGGAGAUGGCUGUCUUGGACAGGCAUUUAGGGCAUAAAAAGGAGGAGCUGCAUCUACUCCAAGGAAGCAUGGUCCAGGCAAAAGCUGACCUCCAGGAAGCUCUGAGACUGGGAGAGACUGAAGUAACUGAGAAGUGCAAUCACAUUAGGGAAGUAAAAUCUCUUCUGGAAGAACUGAGUUUUCAGAAAGGAGAACUAAACGUUCAGAUUAGUGAAAGAAAAACUCAACUUACACUUAUAAAGCAGGAAAUUGAAAAAGAGGAAGAAAAUCUUCAGGUUGUUUUAAGGCAGAUGUCUAAACAUAAAACCGAGAUGGGAUCUUGCUCUGUCAACCAGGCUAGUCUCAAACUCCUGGGCUCAAGCAAUCCUUACACCUCAGCCUGCCAAAUGGCUGGGAUUACAGAACUAAAGAAUAUUCUGGACAUGUUGCAACUUGAAAACAAUGAGCUACAAGGUUUGAAGCUACAACAUGACCAAAGGGUAGCUGAAUUAGAGAAGACUCAGGUGGCAGUGCUAGAGGAGAAACUGGAGUUAGAGAAUUUGCAGCAGAUAGCCCAGCAGCAGAAAGGGGAAAUAGAGUGGCAGAAGCAGCUCCUCGAGAGGGAUAAACGAGAAACAGAACGAAUGACUGCUGAGUCCCGAGCUUUACAAUCGUGUGUUGAGUGUUUGAGCAAAGAAAAGGAAGAUCUCCAAGAGAAAUGUGACAUUUGGGAAAAAAAGUUGGCACAAACCAAAAGGGUUUUAGCAGCAGCAGAAGAAAAUAGCAAAAUGGAGCAAUCAAACUUAGAAAAGUUGGAAUUGAAUGUCAGAAAACUGCAGCAGGAACUAGACCAACUAAACAGAGACAAGUUGUCACUGCAUAACGACAUUUCAGCAAUGCAACAGCAGCUCCAAGAAAAACGAGAAGCAGUAAACUCACUGCAGGAGGAACUAGCUAAUGUCCAAGACCAUUUGAACCUAGCAAAACAGGACCUGCUUCACACCACCAAGCAUCAGGAUGUAUUGCUCAGUGAGCAGACCCGACUCCAGAAGGACAUCAGUGAAUGGGCAAAUAGGUUUGAAGACUGUCAGAAAGAAGAGGAGACAAAACAACAACAACUUCAAGUGCUUCAGAAUGAGAUUGAAGAAAACAAGCUCAAACUAGUCCAACAAGAAAUGAUGUUUCAGAGACUCCAGAAAGAGAGAGAAAGUGAAGAAAGCAAAUUAGAAACCAGUAAAGUGACACUGAAGGAGCAACAGCACCAGCUGGAAAAGGAAUUAACAGACCAGAAAAGCAAACUGGACCAAGUGCUCUCAAAGGUGCUGGCGGCUGAAGAGCGUGUUAGGACUCUGCAGGAAGAGGAGAGGUGGGGUGAGAGCCUGGAGAAGACGCUCUCCCAAACUAAACGGCAGCUUUCAGAAAGGGAGCAGCAAUUGGUGGAGAAGUCAGGUGAGCUGUUGGCCCUCCAGAAAGAGGCAGAUUCUAUGAGGGCAGACUUCAGCCUCCUGCGGAACCAGUUCUUGACAGAAAGAAAGAAAGCUGAGAAGCAGGUGGCCAGCCUGAAGGAAGCACUUAAGAUCCAGCGGAGCCAGCUGGAGAAAAACCUUCUUACAAUUAAUGAAGACUCAGAAAGGGAUAGUAGCUUAUUAUCAAAGGAGCAAAAACAGGAGAACAGCUGCAUGCAAAAGGAAAUGGCAACAAUUGAACUGGUAGCCCAGGACAACCAUGAGCGGGCCAGGCGCCUGAUGAAGGAGCUCAACCAGAUGCAGUAUGAGUACACGGAGCUCAAGAAACAGAUGGCAAACCAAAAAGAUUUGGAGAGAAGACAAAUGGAAAUCAGUGACGCAAUGAGGACACUUAAAUCUGAGGUGAAGGAUGAAAUCAGAACCAGCUUGAAGAAUCUUAAUCAGUUUCUUCCAGAACUACCAGCAGAUCUAGAAGCUAUUUUGGAAAGAAACGAAAACCUAGAAGGAGAAUUGGAAAGCUUGAAAGAGAACCUUCCAUUUACCAUGAAUGAGGGACCUUUUGAAGAAAAACUGAACUUUUCCCAAGUUCACAUAAUGGAUGAGCACUGGCGUGGAGAAGCACUCCGGGAGAAACUGCGUCACCGGGAAGACCGACUCAAGGCCCAACUCCGACACUCUAUGUCCAAGCAAGCAGAAGUAUUAAUUAAAGGAAAGCGGCAGACAGAGGGCACUUUACACAGUUUGAGGAGACAAGUAGAUGCUUUAGGGGAAUUGGUCACCAGCACCUCUGCAGAUUCAGCGUCAUUACCCAGUCUGUCUCAGCUGGAGUCUUCCCUCACAGAGGACUCUCAACUUGGACAAAAUCAGGAAAAGAAUGCCUCAGCCAGAUGAGGAAUACUGUCUUGUGUAAAUAUAUUCAAGGAAAACACCUCCACUACCUCACUGACUUCAUAAUUGGAAUGUCACAUGGUUUUUUUAAUCAAGAUGCAGUGAACUGAGAUUCUGAAACUCCACUGUAGUUUACUUUGCCUGUACCAUUAAUGCCAAUGUUUUUAUAAAUCACUUAUACAUAGUACAUAUGGGAAUAGUUGCAUAUGGGAAUUUAAACCAACAUGUGGCUGAGCCUUUUUUUUUUUAAUCUUCGUAACAUGUUUUUUUAAAAAAACCAGUGAUUUUAACUGCAUAUUUGAACCUACAAACUGGUAAAUCUUAUUAACAAAAAGAAUGUACUUAAGGCCCUCUUUAUUUAUAGUGUCGAGUUAUUUUUGAAUUUUGCUUAAAAUCUAUUUUUCAUAUGAAAAUAAAAGAUAACAAUCAACUUGGGUCUGUCCUCUGACUUUACACUUCACAGGUCAUUCUAUGGAAAAGCCAUCAAAUUUUUACCUUAAUUCCAAGUAAGUAAUCUUUCAGGUGGUUUUCUUUUACCUGGAGGCUGAAGUACAUUAUACUUAUCAAUGAAGGUUUCAUCAUUUGGAAAUACAUCAAUUAUAAAACUAUUAUGCUUCAGAUGCCUUUCCUUAGCCAACAUAUUCUUUGGUGGAAAAUCAGGAAAACUUUGUACCUUGGAGAAUCUGACCCAGUGAUAAAUUCAAAUUGUGUUGCCUUUUAAAAUUUUGAACUACCAUAAUUAACAGCUCAACUCCAUGAUGUAUACAUUUCUUUAAAAACUAGAAUAGUAACUGCUCUCACAGUCUGGCAUAAUUAUUCCCAAGGGGGAAGCAUGUAAUAAGUUUUAAAAUAUUCUCAGGAACUCUUUUCUAGAUCACUACUAGACAGCUUUUGAGUCACAACAGGUAUGUUACCCUGUUACUAUAAUACAGAACAGCACAGUGCAGUAAUCCCUCACCCCCAAGGUUUUUUAUUCCAAAACAGUUAUUUGGCUAGAAGUAGACCAUUAAGAUACGGGAUCAAUGGAGUUACAAUAAAGACAAUUAAAGUGACAACUUAUUAAUACACAGUAAGUUCUAGAAGGCAUCUACUUUCAAAACAAAACGAUUUCUUUUUUAUUUACAUUUUUUGUUUCAAGUCUUAGCAAAAUGCUAAAAGGCCUGGCCUAGUCACAAUUACUGACAUCCUUCUGGGACACAAUUUUCUGGGCCUGUGUUGAAUGAAGAUAAAUUAUCUUUUCUCUAAAAUGCCACAUGAACCCUCUCUAUACUCCCACAUGAAGAGGAAUGGAAGGUAAUUAUUUGGUCUUUCUUUUCUUCUGUUUAAGGGAAUGAACUGAACCACUCAUUUUUUUUAAAGUCACACUUAAAACAGCAGACACAUAGGCAAAAAAGUUCCCCAAAACUACUGUCUUACGGAAUUUGAGAAGGGAGGUAAUGUAUGAAGCUUAACAGCUGGCUUCAAAAGACAUCUUUCCAAAGAAAUUGUACUACCUCUAUUACGUGUAAACCACCAACCAAAAAAAAAAAAAAGAAGUUACUCCAUCAAACACGUUAUUAUCCAUAAAAAAGACUUCAACAUUGUACUGGAAGACCUAUUUAAGGAUAAAUAGUACUAAGCACCAAUUACUAACCUGAGGGCCUCCUCACAGGUCCAAGGGCAAUGAGUAACCUUGAGAAGCAGGUGACUGCACAAGCAGUAAGCUAUGGAUUAAAAAUUAAAAGGAUUUCACAUUCUUUCCAAAGUGUACUGCCCAGUGUCUGGCACACACAUGUUACAAUAUGACAAUUUGCUCUAUUUGUGAGCACGUGAGUUUACUACAGGGGAUUACACAUGCAUAUGAUAGAAUCUGGCUCCCAGUACAGUCAAAGGAGAACAGCAUCAGCCACCAAAUGUGCUGAUCUUACACUGAAAAAGGUUGACUGAAAACAUUUCAAGGGUAAUGUAAACACAAGAAUAAAACCGUGGCUCUAUUACUUAGUGAUGUGGUUUUAUAUGCUACAUAUGUAGACCUCUCUUUAUACAAUGAAUAUGGACAGUGCUGCAAGAAAAACUGAUGACACAUCAAAUUGUUCACCUAAAGAAAAACCCUAUUAUAGUUCAGAAAAUAAUGCAACCAAUUUUAAUUUAAUCUAGAUACAGGUACUUUAUUUACAAAUAUUUAGAUUAAUAGCAUUUUGUUACAUCAAAUGAAGAGUACAGCAGUCUGAAUAAAUCCUUCGGUCACAAAAACAAUAAAACCCACUGUAACUAACUUUGGGAGUCAGGGUAUUGCACCUCAACAAGCCGCAGUCUUUAGUUUGUGAUUGCUACCUUAUAUCCCAAUGGGUGGUUGGUUUGUUUUGUUUUUGUAAAUAUACACACACACCAGCAGGUCAUGGUCCCUGGGUGAGUCCCUUGUGAUGCAACAGUGUAAGCAAAAUGGAUCACUGUAUGUCUUUAACAGAAUAUACCAAUCUACUCCAGAAA